CCUCUCUCCCUCUCACUCAUUCUGUCUCUCUCACUCAUUCUCUCCCUCUCCCUCUUUCUCAAAAUGACACUUCUCAGUACAACUAUUGGUAUCAUAUUCUUUUUACUUCACUCUUCUUCUGGAGAAAGUGGCUUCGGACAGGACGGUGAUCAGGAAGACAUGGAAAAAGAUGACUAUGAGUUCACUUGCUACAGCCAAUUGCAAGUCCAUGGCCAGCAGCAUACUCUGACCUGUUCUUUCAAUGACACGUCACUCAACAGAACCAAUUUGGAGCUCAGGCUAUGUGGUGCAUUUAUGUCCGGCCCCCAAUGUGUGAUGAUGAUGAAAAGGGAAAAGGAUUAUUUUAUGAAAUCAAGAUCAUUUUCACUGAUUAAUACUGGUGAUAUGUGCGUGAAACUUGGAGAAAUUGAGAUGAAUUGCAAAACACUGAAGAUAACCAAAAUAGUUAAGCCUGAAGCUCCUUUUGACAUAAAUGUCACCUAUCGCAAGGCAGCAAAUGACUUUGUGCUAACAUUCAAUACAACACACUCAAGGAAUGACUAUGUAAAAGAGUUAAUCCAUGAUAUAGCUUAUCACCAAGAAAAGAGUAAAAGCAACUGGAUGCACAUAAGCGCACCCUAUAAUCAUGUAACACUUCUGGAGAGAAAACUACAACCAAAUUCAACAUAUGAAGUUAAAGUACGGUCAUUUCCUGGUGGAAAUUAUUUUGGAGGGUACUGGAGUGAUUGGAGCCCCAGUGUAUACUUCAGGACACCACUGAACCCCAAAGCAGAGAUGCCAGAUUCUGGUAUGAUCGUCAUUAUCAUUCUGAGCUUCUUUUCUGGGAUCCUGGGGAUUGUUGUGAUCUGUUUGCUAUGGGAAAAAAGAAUUAAACCCGCUUUGUGGCCCAACCUCCCUGACCACAAGACGACUCUGGAACAGCUGUGUAGGAAACCACAAAAGAACUUCAACAUCAGUUUCAAUCCAGAAAGUUUCCUGGACUAUCCAAUUCAUAAAGUAGAUGGUAUUCAAGCCAAAGAAGAGGUGGAAGGUUUUCUGCAAGUCCCACUCCCUCGAGAUAUCGAUGUCACAGAGAGGAUUGGACUCAGCCCUGACUGGCCAUCUGAGAAUAAUAUCAUCCCACCAGUAGCUUAUGGAGGAAACUCCCCCCCACCUUGCCUGCAUGGGAACUUCAAUACAUGUGACCUUUCUAUGGUCAUGGCCUCAAAGUCACCCAAUCAUCAGGAGACCAACAAAAAUGAAGCUCAUUUCUGUGGGGGCCUGCUUCUUAGCUCUGACUCCAGAAAUGGUGCUUUGACAUUCCCCUUUCCACUCAGACUAGGAGUCUUGGCUCCAAAUCCAACUUCCCAAGGACAAGCCAUCAAUGCAAACCUGAGGUUAAGUCAAGAAGAAGCAUAUGUCACUAUGUCCAGCUUCUAUCAAAACAAGUGAGCCUUAAGGAAUCCAUGAUUUGAAGCAUCACAGCCAACAGAUACAAAAGAGGAGGCUGCUUGGAGCUCCUGUUCUCAGCCUGAUUUUCUAGUCUCUUAUAUUAACUCAACAUAAAAAAGAAAAGACAACUUUUCUAUUUGCCAUGCAUCUACACAUGCCAAAUUUUGGAACACCUUUUUGGCCAUGUCCUAGUUAAGUGAUGCUUCCUUCAAACAAGGUUGGAGUGCCAUUACUUCUGUUGUUCUUGAUUUCAAAAACAAAUUAUUAAGCUAUUCAAUUCUUUGAAAAAGGAAGCAAAAGAGAAAAGGAAGAAUGAGAGAGGGAAGAAUGAAAGGGAAGGUAGGAAGGAGGGAGGAAAAAAGGAAGGAAUGAAGAAAAUGAGGGACAAGUAAUGGAUGAGACCUACAAGUAUAAACCUAGGAUACAUUCUCAUAAUCAGAAGCUGGCAAGGUGGACAUGGAAAUGGAGACCGCCAAAGACAUGUUUCAUUCUGGCUUUUCUCCCAGCUGCUCUGAACCAUCUGUCACAUAUCAUUUUGUGAUUUACUGUAAGGGGCCAAAAUUCUAGCUAGUCUGUCUAAAAUAUGUAAUGAGUGGUCACCUAUAAAUUAGAAGCUUUAACAAGAAUUUAGACUUUUAAGCAUUUAUUAAGGAGAAUAAGAAUUUGGUGAAGAGAGAAAGAGGCCUCGAUGCCUAACAUCGAUCUAUCUCAGGGAGCCUGCCUUUUUGCUCCACUCUCCGCGAGAGUCCUGACGCAAGAGAGAGAAAGAGAGAGAGAGAGCCUUGCCCCUUCUUCAUCCCACAAGCCUCCUGUGAAAACUGGGAACAUCCCAUCCA